UUCGUUUCAUUCGGUGUCGAUUACCGGGGAAUGAGCCUAAUGUAUUUCCGUUUUAUUAAUAAAAUGCUUUUUUGUGUUUGUAGCAAUGCCGCCGUCUAUGAAUCGGAUAAGCUUUAGCAGUGUAGCUCCUCAGUUGCCGGCAACAUCUGUACCGCCAUCGACUACGUCUGAUCACCAACAAAUAUCUCACUCAACCAUGGCGGCAGCUGGCUCCACUCCUGUCGGCGUUUAUAAUCCUGGGCCUCAACUCACCCAAGUUGGUCAUAUUCAACUAAGACAGUCUUUGCCGCCCAUUUCACAAUUUGGUCCCUUGCUACCUAAUGGACCGGCAAAUCAAAUAAGUGAUGCCAUCAACGUUUUACCACCAGAUCAACUGCAGCAGCAACUUCCUCAUCAUCCCUGCCCAGAACAAUUUGGUCCCCUACCAAAUGCAACGCAACAGCCACCACAAAAUGCGUUUAUGACACCGCUACCGACAGUUGGAAUGGCACCACGCUUGCUGCCACUCAAUCAUGGCAUGCAUAACCCGGCAAAUGGUGGCGAUCAAUACAGUCAAUUACAAAAUCAAAUGGCAGCAAUAUCUCUCACAGGUGGAGUUAAUCAGCCGGUAACACAAAAUUUCCUUGUACAAAAUGAUCCAAAAUAUAACAUUCCAAUUUACUAGCAGCAACGGUAAGACGAUGGCUGGUGUCGAAUAUACGUCAUA